CCAGAUCCCGCAUGGGUUCCCCAACAUAGACAUGGGUCCCCAGCUGAAGGUGGUAGAGAAGACCAGGACGGCCACCAUGCUGUGUGCUGCCAGCGGCAACCCUGACCCAGAGAUCACCUGGUUUAAAGACUUCCUGCCUGUAGACAUCAACAGCAGCAACGGACGAAUCAAACAACUCCGCUCAGGAGCCCUACAGAUUGAGAACAGUGAGGAGUCCGACCAGGGGAAGUAUGAGUGUGUUGCCAUGAACAGUGCUGGAACGCGCUACGCCGCCCCAGCCAACCUCUACGUGCGAGGUAAGGUCCUGCCGUUCAUAUUUCCCCUCCGUUCAUCGCUACGUGUCUUCAUUGGUCUUUAUGUCCUCACCCUAAACAGCAAUGUCAUGUUUUUUUUUCCUGAAUAACUCACCGUAACCUCAUCCCACAGGAACUCUCUCUCUCUCUCUGUCUACCAGGUGCAGCCAAAACGUUUUCCACCUCCGUCUAUAAAAACAGGCCAGGGCUUUUUUAUUUUCACACUGUCUGUUGAAGGUCUUUAGUUCUCUCCU